CCUGACAUUCUCCGUUAGGCUGGUUAUGAUACACUCGGCAACUUUUUGAGCAAUGUUGCCGGGAAAUUUUGAGAAAUGUUGACGUCAACGGGCAACCAGGUGAGACACAGGGCCCACGACCGAUCUAAAAUAUACAGAUAUAAAUGUGCUGCCCAUUCUCAGUGGGAAAGUGCCCAAGCAACAUUGCUCAGAAAAGUUCCCGCGUGUAUCAUCUUCCCGCAAUUUUAGCUUCCGCUGGAUUGCACAAUAUUCUGCGCAUAAUACUUGCAAUUAUAAUACUGACUUCUAAGCAUAUGCUGACUGUCGUAGUCAUUGCAGUUUACCAGUGUAGCUAUAUUCAUGCUCAGUGAGUUUCGGUAUGCGGCUUAGACUUUAACAACUUCAUCCAACCACAGACACUGUCUCUGCCGACUCACUGCACACUUCCCGUUUUAUUAUUAUUUUGACUUAUUUUCAGUACAUUUGACAAGCCUCUCUCUUUCACAUACACAACAUGCACACACUUGCACCAAUGCCAUGUUCAUUUGGUUCUUAGUGCACGAUGUCCAGUGGCAUAGACACCUUGUCUGGGAGCAAAGUUCUUUGAGGAAUUCCUGGGAUAACCGGACACUUUGUCUAAUUAGGUGGUGGAGGCACCAUGUCACAAACAGAUCAUCACAUCUUUGUUGAACAGCAGAUCUCACACAAACUCAAAGUGAAAGUGCUGCGGGCCGAAAAUGUCACUAAGGGACCUCUUGGAGACUUGUUGGAUACCCCCGACCCAUAUGUGGAGCUGUUCAUCCCAACUUCCCCAGAGAGCAGAAAGAAAACACAACAUAUAGACAACAACAUCAAUCCAGAAUGGAAUGAGGCCUUUGAAUUCAUCCUCGACCCCAACCAAAACAAUGUGCUUCAGUUGACAUUAAUGGAUGCUAACUAUGUUGUGGAUGAAAUGUUGGGUACGGCUUCAUAUGACAUCUCUAAACUAAAAGUUGGACAAACAGUACUGGUGUCAUUUCUUAUAGGAAAAAUGACCAAUGUGUACUUAGAGCUUUCCUUGGAGGAGUGCUCAUCAAUGGACUUGCGGAUCGAUCUAGAUCUGUGCCCUAAAGAGAUGCUCUACAGACAACAUCGGCGUGAUAGAGUCAUGCUGGGCAUCAAGAAAUUGUUGCACAUGGUGGAACCUUCCUCUCUCCCUUCAUCUGCUCAUGAGGUCCCAGUGAUUGCUGUUCUGGGAUCAGGGGGAGGUUUCAGGGCGAUGGUCGGGUUUUCAGGGGUUAUGAAGGCUUUGUAUGAGUCUGGAGUUCUGGACUGUGUCACAUAUGUUGCUGGCCUCUCUGGAUCCACCUGGUACAUGUCCACUUUGUACUCCCACCCAGAGUUCCCCACUAAGGGCCCAGAGCAGAUCAACCAGGAGCUGAUGAAUCUUGUGAGCAGUAACCCUCUCCGACUACUCCUUCCCAAACAUAUCACUAACUACGUACAUGCCCUGUGGAGCAAGAAGACCACAGGGCAGCCUGUUACCUUCACAGAUAUCUUUGGGAUGUUGAUAGGUGAAACGCUUAUUCCCUCUAGGAUGGACAUCAAGUUAAGUGAGUUGCAGGAAAAGAUAAAUGAGGCUCAGGCUCCUCUGCCCUUGUUCACCUGCCUGCAUGUAAAACCAGAUGUCUCUGAGCUUAAGUUUGCAGAUUGGGUGGAGUUCAGUCCAUAUGAGAUCGGAAUGGCUAAAUAUGGAACCUUCAUGACCCCUGACCUUUUUGGAAGCAAGUUUUUCAGGGGUAACGUGGUCAAGAAGCAUGAAGAGAACCCCCUUCACUUCCUUAUGGGUGUGUGGGGCAGUGCCUUCUCUAUCCUGAUCAACAGAAUUCUGGGAUUCAACGAUGUGACCAAUGGCAGUACCAUGGAGGAAGAACUAGAACAGAUCAAACCGGAAGACAUUAUAGGAGAGGACAGUCCAGAUAAUGAUGAAGUUUCACAUAAAGAGGACGAGUAUCAGGCGAGCUGGAUGCAGCGCAUGGUUAGCUCUCUGUUCAGUGACUCGAUUCUUUUUAAAACACGAGAAGGCAGAGCAGGAAAGGUACACAACUUCAUGCUUGGCUUAAACCUCAACAACGAUGUGCCAUAUUCCUCUUUCAAUGAGGCCAUCAGUCCCAUGGAGGAUGAAAUCGAUGCGGUCACAGACCCAUUUGAGUUUGACCGGAUCUACGAGCCGUUAGACGUAAAGAGCAUGAAGAUUCACAUGGUGGACAGUGGCUUGACCUUUAACCUGCCUUAUCCUCUGAUUCUAAGGCCUCAGAGAGGUGUUGACCUCAUCAUCUCCUUUGACUUUUCUGCCCGACCGAGCGACUCCAGUCUUCCAUUUAAGGAACUUCUGCUAGCUGAGAAAUGGGCACGAAUGAACAAACUUCCAUUUCCCAAGAUCGACCCAAAGGUGUUUGAUCGAGAGGGGAUGAAAGAGUGUUAUGUAUUUAAACCUAAACCAGGAGAAAAGAACUGCCCCACUAUCAUCCAUUUUGUCCUGGUCAAUAUCGAAUUCAGGACGUUCAAAGCCCCAGGUGUUCCACGUAAGACGGACAAAGAGAGAGAAUUUGCAGACUUUGACAUCUUCGAUGACCCAGAGACGCCCUACUCAACCUUUAAUUUUCAGUAUUCCAAUCAAGCCUUCACCCAGCUACAAGAUCUAAUGGAAUUCAACACGCUUAAUAACAUAGAGGUCAUCAAAGAAGGCAUAAAGGACAGCAUCUUGUAUAGGAAGGAGAUUCCAUCUCGCUUCUCUCCCUCUCUUUCUCUCAGUGAAGUACAAAACAAAAAAAAACUGAAGAUGGUGUCCAAAGGGCAAACAUGCCAAUAAUCAGGCGAAGUAUGAUGGCAAUCUAGCCACAGGAAGUUUACAGAUGUCACACAUCUCACAUCAUGGAAACAAUUGUUUGUUUGUUUGUUUGUUUUAACUGAAACAUGACUCCACAAACUGUGAAACCAGAUGAUCUGGUUUGGUCCCCACACUCCACAGAACAUUCUCAUGUAGCCUUUUAUUAAUAAAAAGAGAAGUGGUGAGAGACACAAUGAAAAUAGCAUUUACAGUCUAAUUGUUUACAUUUGGUUGUGUGGGUGUUUUAGUCAUUCUAGAAAGUAUUUUAUGAACUUCUAACAAGAUUUUUAUUAAGAUACAUACUGUCUAUUUAAGGUUUAGAGAGAGAUUUACAUAAAGUUCACCCAAAAAUAAACUUUUGUCAUAAUUUUCUCACAUCAUAUACCUCAUGUCGCUCUAAACAUGCACAUUUAAUUAUUUCUUCAGAAGAUAAAAGAUAUUUUGAAAAACACUGGGGUCCAAACAAUAUUGACAUUCGUAGUGCAGACAAAUAAAAACAAUGAAACCUUUUUCUA